AUGUUUAGCUUGGUCAACGGAAGCUGUGCACGCAAGUCUCAAGUCUCCUAUCUCAGGCCACGUGCCGAUACCGUGGUUCAGAAUAGCUCCUCCAUCUUGACGGACAGCCUUUUGAGUCCGAAUGCCACGGGAAGCUGGCCAAUCUUCGGCAUCGAUGUGUCGAAGCCACUUUCAGAAAACCCAACAAACAAUGAGUUUGGUCAAGGAAAUGGGUGGAGCAUCGACGUUGCAGUUGCCACGAAUGUUAGUGGGGGAAUUGUGAGCAAUUCGAACCCGUCAAAAAUCACUCUUGACUCCUCAGACAAUCCGGUCGAAAGAGGAAACAUAACUGACGGGUACCGUAUCUGCUCGUAUGUUUGGUGGCAGAUGAGCUGGACUGAGAACAAGAUCAAGAAGCUCAAUGAUGAUAGCCAAGGCUCAUGUGGUGGCGUCAUCCCACAAAAUUGUAUCGACGAUCUUAAAGAAACUGCAGCAAAGAUCCAGUGCGAUGGCUCUUUGGAGUCAUCGCUGUACGGUAUCGGAUUCGACAUUCCGGCGAGCUGUAGAAACCUAACAGAGGAGUUCAUGUCAAACGCUUCGGCCUCUUCGCACACGUUAUUCCAGUCAACUGCACCCUACAACCUUCCCGGCAACGAAAGUAAUACCAGACAGGUCUAUGACUACGCGGUGACACAGGUCUGGCCUGUGAUGCUCUCUUACAGUUACGCUGAAGAGAAUGCGGUCUCAAACUACACGGUCUUCCGCUGCGUUCGCGCCAAUAACAUUACUGCUGGAAGUCGGUCGCCCGAAAGCUUCGGAAAUAGACCGAGUUCAUCGACUCAACACAGAUCGUCGUUCGCGGGUCUUUUCGUUGGCUUGCUUGUUACUACGAUCGUCUCGUCUUGGAUGUAAAGUACCUCAGUCAUUGAUACUGCGUCAAUCCACCUUGGAGACACAUCCAUCCCUUUACGAGGAUUUGCAGUCCCUUGAGGUACACCACAUAGGCACUCAAGGUGUAAACGUAUCUCGCAAUGGCAAACCUCUG